AGUAAGGUACAGCCCAAUCACUGUACUGGCAGUGCCGUUGCUCUCUACUGUUGUCACAGACGGGCAUGCCGUCCGGUCCCAUACACAUUGUACAUAUUGUACAUGAGUGUUGGCGAAGUAUUCUUGUGGCUGCUCGUGGACCCUGUAAGCUGAGCGCCCCGUCAGCCUGUCUGUCUCUACCAUUACUUGGGUACUGUGUAGAAUCCUCUCGCUUACGGUGCCUGUACAUGGACUGUGAGACGAGUGCCCCGUGCGGCAUCGAUCGGAAUGUUUCCUAAUUGCGACGACCUCACCUAGUACCUCUCGAGGCCCCACAUAUAUGCCAUGACACGACAUGAAGCACGGAGCCGGUUUUUGUUUCUCUUCGUCUUCAUGGUUUUCGUUUUUGGAACUAGCAAGCGACGUUGGUGGAUGGAUGGAUGGAUAGCAUCCCCGCCCGCUGUGCCGCUCGCUAGGAAGGUAGCUAGGCGCCUGAUCGGCUGGCCUGGGACACAUGGGGGUGGGUGCGUGAUGGACAUCGGAUGGAUGCAUCUGGGACAAUUGAUUGUCUGGCAACCUACCGUGUAGUUUCAACUCCUCGUCGUCCGCCUCUGCUUGCUUGCCCAUUAGUCCCCACGUAGCCCUGCCCCGUUGCUUAGGCACUUGCUGGACUGCAAAGCCUCCAUGUGUACAUCCAAUAGUUCGCCGCGUCGCAUGUUGGGGGGUGGGGCUGCGCUGCUGUAUCGAUAGGCGGCGGAUGGACCGCUGCAUUCAUACCUACGUAAGUACAUGGCUAGGCACCUCAAGUUUUUCUUUUGCUGCUGUGCCCAUGAUCCCGGCCGCCCGUACAUACUCAACCACCGCCCGGCCCUCCACACACCACCAAAUUCAAAACUCCAGCAGCCACAACACGCAUCGUCUAUGGCAACCCUUCUCUGAUCAAGCGUCCAUCGUUCGGCAUCCCUUCCCCACCCCGCAUUCCCUGGUCCUCAAUCUGUUCCUUCCCUCUGCCCGACCCAGGGCCUUCUUCCCACGCACAUCUAUCCUGUCGAUUGCGCCAUUCGCAUUGUGCCUGCCUCUUGGUUCCGCCGUCUCGAGGCCAGCAUACGUCGGUCCCGAGUGCCUGCCCACUCGCGCACCCACUCACUCACAAACGGACCUCCAUCCUGUCGUCGCCAACCAUCACUCCACUCGAGGUUCCAACAUCUACCUGCAACCAUGGGCAAGGCUUUCUUCACGGGAUGGGAGCUGUGGCAGCAGAUGACUUUUGUUCUAGCUUGCGGAAUCGUUGCCACAAUCAUGCUUGGUCUCUGCAAGUUACGAUAUGACACACUCAAAGUUCGCAAGUACUCAAAAGUGGACAAGGGCAAGGGCAAGACGGAGCAAACCCCCGAGAUGCUCGAGGCUCAGACGGUUGUUGCCAAACACGACGAGGAUAUCCCAUUCGGCAUUCGAGCUAUAGAAAGCGGCAUAGAAGUCGACGGCGUAUGGAUCUCGCGUAGUAACACCCCAGUUGGCAGCAGCCGCUCGUCCAUCAGUAGGGUCGAGCCGUCUCAGCCCCAACCUUCAAUGCCAUCCCAAGUGCAACCGCUGCCCGUAAACGCUUCCAGUAGAGCCAGCUCACGGCCACCCAGUUCCUUUGACGUUGCUGUCAAUGCCGAGCGUAUACGCACCAACGAAUCACGCGAGGUUUCCCCCGCACGUCAUGGUGAUCAAUAUGUCAACCAUGGGCCCCAUGGAUCUGCAAGGAACUCGACGCUACAGACUCUGGAAGGAACAUAUAACGGAUCCGCUUCGUCCUCAGCACGUCGUCAACCUGUUGAUGAUCGAAACCCCACCGUAUACAAGUCCGGCAACAGCUCUAGCAAAUCCAGUCGCCGAGCUAGUGAUGAAUCGGAUGAUUACAAUGCUCUCCCAGAAGGGCUGCCAUACCCUGCCGCUUAUAUUAGCUCACGGCAGCUCUCAUACCCUGCGCCUCGCGACCCUCGUACCGACUUAAAUCUGCUCCAAAGUCAUCGGAUGUCCCAUGUUGCUGAAACAGGACAGCUCACACCAAGAGUGCGAAGACCAGGCCACAGUGGCGAGUGGGCGAGUGUAGCCGACAAGCGCGCGCCUCCUGAGAUUGCGUCCGCCAACGGCGUCGAUUACUUUGUACCUCAGCAGAAGCCACCUUCUCCACCUCCGCCGACUACAACCUCAAAGGAAGCUUUCAUUUCAUCAGUGUCUCACUCUACUCAAGACAGUCACCCCACUAAUAAUGAGCGGCAAGCGGUACCGUUGCUUGAGACUUAUGCUGCUCGUCCAUUUUAUCUUCCUGACGUCUACCAACCUCGCGGUCCCGGCCAACAGCCUUCGUACGAUGAGAUUCCUAUUGAGGUGCAAACCCAGCAGAAUAAUGCACGCAGUGACCAAGUGCUACGAAAGGUCAAUUCAGGAUUUGAAAUCCUGCGGCCGGGUACCUUUGCCCCACCCAGUCCUGAAGAAGCAGCAGAAACUCCAGCAACACAGAAAAGGCAAUCAAAACGCUUGCAGAAGAAGCGCACAAACUCAGCUGGAUCUAGAACAUCACACUUUGUAGAGCAGGUCUAG